AUGGUCGUCGCCUUCGCAGUAUGCCUCAUCAACAUUACGGAGACCGCUCCUGUUCCGGUCAUGGUCAACUACUUAUGCGAGUGCUUCAGCGGGUAUGCGCAGGAAGUCACAACAGCGAUGAACUUCUACCGGACCAUUCUGGGCUUGACUGUGCCUUUUUAUAUCGAUUCGUGGUUGGCGGCGGUCGGAGACGGAUGGACGUUCGGCAUGAUGGCGUUCUUCUCCCUGAUCGGUUUUUCGUGCACGCUCUUGCUGGCUUGGAGAGGGGGCGCUGUGCGGAAGUACACGGCGGAGAGGUUUCGGCAGGUGGAGGAUGGCGAGCCUUUGUUCUAG